AUGUCACUAUGGUUGCAACAAAGAAGUUUCCAGUGUCUCGGAACAAAUAAUUACUCGAAGUCCAUGUUGAUUAAGGGUACUCUUUUAUCAUUGAAAAAUAUGCAGUGGCCUUCGUGGUUGCAACCAUAUGUCGAAGUCUUAUUGUUAUGGAUUUCAUGGGCAAUUGAUUGUGUUGAUUGGGAUUAUUUGGAAUAUCUUAUAUGGCUUUUCCUGCCACUGUUCGUCGCUUUCAUAUUACCAGCUAUUCUUCUACUUUUUAUAUAUGGUUGUGUCAUUUUUCUUCAUAUUUAUGGCUUGCGAAAUCGUAUUCGAGAGGCUUACGCUAGUAGUUUAUGGGAUGGCGCACGUAUCAGUAUCGCAUCCUUCUGGGAUGCAGUAGGAUAUGUCUGGCACGGUUAUGAAAUAAAAGGUUUGGAAAAUGUGCCUAAUGAAGGCUCCGCUCUUCUUGUAUAUUACCACGGAACAUUACCAAUAGAUGUAUAUUAUGUUAUUGCCAAAUGUAUGCUUCAUAAGAAGCGUACUCUUCACUGUGUUGGUGAUAAAUUCAUCUUCAAAAUACCUGGAUGGGGAAUGAUUUGUAAGGUUUUUUAUAUAACUCCUGGAACGGUAGAUGAUUGUAUGGCACGGCUGAAGGAUGGCCAUUUACUAUGCAUUGCUCCCGGUGGUGUUCGUGAAGCCUUGUUUUCUGAUCCCACUCGUUAUAACAUUAUGUGGGCUCGCCGUUUGGGCUUUGCUAAAGUUAUCAUUGGUUGUCCAGGAACGCCCGUAAUUCCAAUGUUUACUGAAAAUUGUCGUGAUGCUUUCCGUACUCCGCGUUGUGGACGAAAGAUUUUUAGAUGGAUUUAUGAAAAAACGCGACUACCACUUUGUCCAGUAUACGGUGGUUUCCCGGUUAAAAUGAUAACGCAUCUAGGCAGACCUCUUUAUUUUUCUUCUGAUAUGAAUCCAGAAGAUGUAAAAAAGGCUGUGAAGGGCGAGGUACAUGACUUAAUUAGAGAACAUCAACGGUUACCUGGAAGUAUAUUGCUCGGAAUCAUGCAGAGGUUUUAUGAUAAGCGGCGCUCUAAACAGGAUGUAUUAUUGGAAGAAAUAACUUGUAGUAAUCUAUGCUCAAAUAACAUUACACACAGCGACAGCAUUGCUUCCUUAGGUCAGUUGUCAUCGCCAGACAUUCUAAUUUCCCAUGUAGAUGGUACAGUAUCGCUCGAUAUCAACUGA